AGAACAAUCCUCCAAUUUAUAAAUAAAUAUAUUUAAAUUAUAGUUAGGACAAUCUUGAGAAUUGAAGUUGGUCGCCAGCCAAGCCAUGUUUAUGCAAAUCCUCCUCUUUGUAGCUCUUUAUUCCAUAACUGUCCACUUAUACCACAAGUUCCAAAACCAUCCUCCCACCCAUUUUCCCUCUUUACCAUUAAUUGGCCACUUCUAUUUACUUCUCAAGAAGCCUCUCCAUCGUUCCCUCGCCAAGAUCUCUGCCAAGCAUGGCCGUGUCCUUCUCCUCCAUUUUGGGUCACGCCCCGUUGUGGUUAUCUCAUCGGCAUUGGCUGCUGAGGAAUGCUUUACCAAAAACGACAUCAUCUUUGCCAACCGCCCUUUACUUUUAUACGGAAAGCAUCUAGGUUAUAAUUACACUAGCCUUAUCUGGGAUUCCUACGGUGAUAACUGGCGAAACUUGAGGCGUAUAUCGUCGAUUCAACUUCUUUCGGGGCACUGUCUCCAAUUGCUUUACGCCACACGCCUCGAUGAAGUCCGUUUGCUCUUACGGAAGCUGUUCAAGGAUCAUGAUCGAACGGUGGACUUGAAAUCCAAACUUUUCGAGCUGAUGCUGAACUUGAUGAUGCGGAUGAUAUCCGGGAAAAGAUAUUACGGUGACGAUGUGGCUGUCGUCGAGGAAGGCACCCGGUUUCGUGAAAUAAUGAGGGAAUCCUUUCUUUUGGCCGGCGCAACGAACAUGGGUGAUUUCCUGCCGAUGAUGAAGUGGUUCGAGAAAACUGAGAAAAGGAUGAUCAACUUGUUCAAAAGAAGAGAGGCAUUUACACAAGAAUUGAUUGAUGAAUGUCGACAUAAUAUGAAAAUUGGUAAGAAAAGUAGUUUAUCCACAGACGAAAAAAAGAACAUGAUUGAAGUCAUGUUGUCUUUGCAAGAACAAGAGCCUGAAAAUUACAAGGAUGAAACUAUUAGAAGUCUCAUGAUGGUUUUACUUUUGGCUGGAACUGAUACGUCAUCAGGGACAAUAGAGUGGGCAAUGUCUUUCCUUUUGAACCAUCCCCAAGUCUUGAACAAAGCCCGAAUUGAAAUUGAUACAGUGGUCGGACAAAAUCGGUUGAUCGAAGAAUCAGAUUUGCCCAAUCUUCCUUAUCUUCAUUGUAUAAUUAACGAGACUUUUCGAAUCAAGCCCACCGGUCCAUUGUUAGUACCUCACGAGUCAUCAAAAGAAUGUUUAGUGGGAGGGUACCGUAUACCGCGUGGAACCAUGUUGUUGGUGAAUGCAUGGGCUAUACAAAACGAUCCCAACAAUUGGGAGGAGCCUAAUGUGUUCAAGCCAGAGAGAUUCGAGGGUUUAGAUCCGUCGAACUUCGCGUUCAGGUUAAUGCCAUUCGGGAACGGGAGGCGGCGGUGUCCCGGAGAAGGGUUAGCCAUGCGGAUGGUUGGAUUAACUUUGGGGUCACUGAUUCAAUGCUUUGAGUGGGAGAGAAAAGGUGAAGAGAUGGUGGAUAUGAGCGAAGGGCCAGGGCUUACCAUGCCCAAGGCUCAACCUUUACAGGCUAAGUGUCGACCACGCCAACCAUUUGUUCCCUUGCUUUCCCAAAUAUAAACCCUUUGUUUCGAGUAUUAACUAGUACUAAGAUGAAGAGCUUCCUGUUUGGAUACAUAUGCUUGUUUAAGCCGUACAUAUUAGUUUUUAUUUUUAAAUAUAAUUAUUUAAUAUUUAAUAA